GCGUGAGUGUGAGGCAGGGCGAGGGCAGACGACAAAAUGUCAAAACUUUACUGAUUACACCAUAAUAUUCUAAAUAAUAAUAUUAUGAAGUAGUUACAAUAUUUAAAAGUGUCUUGUGCUCUUAGUUUGUGGUUGUGAUGGUGCUGUGUUUUAUUCAAGUUACUCAGACUUGUGUAUAGUUAAUAAUUUUCAUUUAUAUUUAAACUGACAAAACAUUUUAACAGCAAAAUGUUUUCAUUAUCAGUAAAUAUGUUGUUCUGCUGGAGUCUUCUUUUAAUUUUUCUAACCUCCUGUAAAACUGAAAAUCUCAGCAAUUCUGAUCUUCAGAAAGAGGCUGUUAGUAAUGUAAAUUUUAACAAUUCCAUCGAGAGGAUAAAGAAAGAUGCUCUUAAAUCAGAUACAAAGAACAAAGAUAUAAAUAUAUCAAACAAUGUUGACAAGAAUGAGUUAAAACAGGGUGCUACAGGUAGUUUGAAUUUAAAUGGGUCUACAAAAACUUCUCAAAUUUUAGAAGCCACUAAGAAUACUACUACGCCAAUGAAUAUUGAUGAGAAGACCUUAUCGAGCCCUCUACCAGCAGUGAUUUCCAAUGACACAAGUAAUGUAACUACAAGUACACCUACUCCAAAUGAGCCUAUACUCCCUGAUAAAGGAUCCGCAGAAGCAGAACACAAUAGUUCAAUGGCUAUAUUUUUUGUAUUAUGUGUCCUUGCCUUAGGUAUACUCCUAAUCCACUUAAUGCUGUUAACAAAUUUCCAGUAUCUCCCAGAAAGUGUCGUAAUUGUAUUCUUAGGAGGAUUGAUUGGACUAAUAAUAAAUUUAAUUUCAGAUCAGAAAAUUGGCAACUGGAGGAAGGAAGAGGCUUUUUCUCCAACUGCAUUUUUUCUUGUUUUGUUACCUCCCAUUAUUUUUGAAUCUGGUUACAAUUUACACAAAGGUAAUUUCUUCCAAAACAUUGGGUCAAUAUUGGUGUUUGCCAUCGCAGGAACUACUAUAUCUGCACUGGUAAUUGGUGCUGGAAUUUACCUUCUUGGAGUCGCUGAUGUUGCAUAUCACUUGAGUUUUAUUGAGAGUUUUGCUUUUGGUUCAUUAAUAUCUGCGGUUGAUCCUGUUGCAACUGUUGCCAUAUUUCAUGCAUUGGAUGUAGAUCCUGUUUUAAACAUGUUGGUGUUUGGUGAAAGUAUUCUUAAUGAUGCCAUUGCGAUUGUGCUUACAACAUCCAUACUGGAGUCAAACAAACCUGAUAUGUCACCAUUUGAAGCUGUGUUCUCUGCGUUCAACCGAUUCUGUCUUAUGUUCUUUGCCUCAGCUGGAAUUGGUGUUGUUUUUGCACUCAUAAGUGCUCUUUUACUGAAACAUGUAGAUUUGAGAAAAAACCCCUCACUUGAGUUUGGAAUGAUGUUGGUGUUUACAUAUGCACCUUAUGCCCUAGCUGAAGGAAUUCAUCUGUCAGGAAUUAUGGCCAUCCUAUUUUGUGGAGUAGUCAUGUCUCACUAUACACAUUACAAUCUCUCGACCGUCACCCAGAUCACCAUGCAGCAAACAAUGAGAACUCUUGCUUUCAUUGCUGAGACUUGUGUGUUUGCCUACCUGGGUCUGGCCAUCUUCAGUUUCCGUCAUAGAGUGGAGCCUGAAUUGGUCAUCUGGAGUCUGAUCCUCUGCCUGAUUGGGCGAGCCUGCAACAUCUUUCCACUGGCCAUUCUUGUCAACAAGUUUAGAGAACAUAAGAUCACCAAGCGCAUGAUGUUCAUUAUGUGGUUUAGUGGUCUGAGAGGAGCUAUAUCGUAUGCGCUUUCUCUGCAUUUGGAGUUCAGUGAUGAGACUCGUCAUGUUAUCAUAACUACAACCCUCAUUAUUGUUUUGGUCACUACCCUGUUAUUUGGUGGGUCAACAAUGCCCUUGAUGAAGUUUCUCCAAGCCAAUAGAAAGAAGACACUGAUUGGUAAAAGGAGGAAACAUAAGAAAGAGAAGGCACUUUCCCUUAGUAAAACAAGAGAAUGGGGCCAGGCCAUUGACUCUGAACAUCUCUCGGAGUACACAGAAGAGGAAACAAUGGAAGUUAACUUCCUACAGUCACGUAUCAGAGGAUUUGCCAAAUAUGACCUCAAAUACUUCAUACCAUUCUUCACUCGCCGGUUCACCCAACAGGAAUUAAAAGACUGCAAAACUCAGAUGAACGAUCUCACUCAGCAGUGGUACCAGGCUAUCCGCAUCUCACCUACUGAAUCGGAAGAUGACCAGAAUGGCCAGAGUUGACAACAGCGCCAACCCGAUAGGUUAAAACUAUCAGCUGCUGUUGGAUGUCCACUAUACAAGGUGUAGAUAGGUCAUACUUACCUCAUGUUACCAUGUUAAAUGUGCCUGGCAAACAAGAAGUUGUUAGUUAUUAUUUGAUAACUAUAUUUCAAGAUCUUGCCUUUUAUUUGUUGUGUUUAUAAUGAUAUAAGCAUAAUAUGUUACAUUGUUAUUAAUUAUCAAGAUAAUUUUCAGUCAAUUUUGAUAUUUCACUAAAUCCAUAACAUUUAAUGAAAAUCAUCUUUGUUAAUGCCGUUGACUUUUAAAAUGACUUGCUGAAUACAAAUGUCUGAUAGUGAAUGAAAAUUGGAGAAUAGUGUAAUAUGAUUUAAAUUUUUCAUAUAGAAAUUAAGGACUUUUACUUUUUAUCAGCAUUUGAAACUGAUUAAAAAUUUCUUUACAUUGUAUAAUAUAUAUGAAGACUCUAGUAGCGUGGAUUUGAUUUUGGCGGGGCUCCAUUUAAUAUUUUUUGAAGUAAAGGAUUAUUGACCGUGCUUUUUUUGAAAAUUAUGUGUUUAAAUAAUGUUAAUGGUUGUUUGGAAAAUGUAAAAUUCUUAAACUAGAAACAUACUCAGUAUAUAUUUACUAGUACAUAAUGGCGAGCACAGUUGUCUAGUUUUAUUGAUACAUAUUUCUAUGAUAUUGUAGACAUGUAAAUAAAAAAAGAAAAGUUUGUUCCAGUCUUAAACUGUACAACUAUAUAUGUCUUGUACUAAGUAUUCAAAGUCUUGACUUGAACUUGUCUGCCCCGCCGCAUCCACAUCACCGCUGAACCUAUCUUAAGGUACUGAAUUGAAACUAAACCAAAAAACAAUAUGUAUAUGUUUAUUUGAGUUCCUACAACUAAUAAUUCAAGAAAUUUAUAUUUAAAUAGUUCUGUAUUUUGUAUUAGAAAAGAUUUAAUUCAUAUCUGAAUUUAAAUAAUGGAAAAAUUGAAAAAAUUGCAGAUUGUCAAAAAUCAAGUUAAUGGCUUUACUUUGGAAUAGUUUUAUUUUCUUAUCUUAAUCUGGUUUUUGCUUUGUGUUCACAUAGUUUUUUAUCUCUGAAUUACAACAAAAACAUUAUGUGUACUAACUGUAUGUUUUCAUAUUAUAUUGUGUGAUGAAAUAUGUAUACUGUUGGUUGAACACCUAACGUCAGGGUUAAGAAAACUGAUUAAAAGUCCAAUGAUAAGAUAGCGCACAUUAACUUAUACAACUUAGCAUUUGUUAAAAGUUUACUGUAUAGUGAUAAUUUAGCUUGUCAGCCUUAAUAGCUUUUAUAAACACAACUACCUACUUUUAUUUUUAGGCUAUUAUUAUUUUGUAGAAUGGGUAUAACAUUAUAAAGUUAUGUACAUUUAUUUAUUAAAUUAUUUCUUUAUUAUAUUGUACAGUUUGUUUUAAUGUAUUUAUUUUAAUUUUAUUUUAGUAUGGAGAAAAUGUGAUAACAGUUGAGAAUCAUUAAAAGAUUUUUCUUUAAUUUUAUUUUUUAAUAAUAUUCUGAAAUAGAAUGAAGCAGUUUAAAAUUAAAUAAGCUAUGUUCAGUGAAAUUUCACCAAAUAGUAAUUAAAUUCAGAAUAAAUAUAAAAUCAUUAUAUAAUAUUAUUGGAAGUGUUCUGGAAUCAGCAGAUUCCUAGAAAACCUUUCUAUUAUAAUAAUUAAUAUAAGAUGCUAUCAGAAAGUUCCCGGACUGGGUGUGCUUAGUUAAGUUUUCUUAUCUGGGCUAUUAUUGGCUGUUAUCCCCUUCGAAAUAAGCUCCAUUUGAGUUAAUACAACAAACCCAGCAUCUUUUCCAUGACUGGAAAGUGUCAAAAAACAGUUUUUGCUUAAAGCUGUGGAGAACUUCCUGCAUUUCUUUUCAUACGUCAUCAACAUUGUCAAAACGGCGACCUUUCAUAUGCAUUUUCAUUUUUAGAAAGAGAGGAAAGUCACAAGGGGUUAAAUCUGGCAAAUAGGCAGGAUGUGGAAUGGUAGCAAUAUUGUUUUUGGCCAAAAACUGUUUUGUUUACAUGGAAGUGUGAGUUGGAGCGUUGUUGUGAUGCAACAGCAAUUUUUUGUCUUUCCACAAAUCAGGCCUUUUUCGACGCACAUUUUCCCUCAAAUGCCUUACAAUGGAAAAUGCCUUUAAUGUACAAAAAAACUACAAGCAUUGUUUGUGUUGAAUGAGAUGCUGAAUUUUUCCAACAAUUUCAUCUGUUUUGUUCGUGGAAGGCCGUCCCAAAGUAGAUCAUUUUCAAUUAAAGUUCUGCUAGCCUUGAAAUAAGCAUACCACUCAAAAACCGGUGUUCUGCUCAGUGGAUAUUCUUCAAAAGCUUCUUGAAGCAUUGCAAAAGUUUCCGUUGGUGAUUUCUUAACUUUAAAGCAAAACUUGAUGCAAGCACACCGACUCGAAUUUAUCAGCCAUCACAAAAAUCGCUAUGUAAAGAUAACACACAACAAAAAAGCACAACUUGUAGAUAUAACCUAACCACUCACAACAACAAAACUCAGCACAAUGACUCGGAAGCUAAUGUGGCAGAGGCUACUGACUUGCCGGCUUAUACAGUCACGCCCACAAAAAUUGAGCGUUCAGUCUCGGAACUUCCUGAUGCCACCACCUCUUAUUGUAUAAGAAUACUUUCUUGGUAUGAAGAUAUUACUUAUAAAAUUAGCAUUUCACUAUAUUAUCAUUGAACUAUUAUUGCAGUAUUAUAGCAUAUUUUCAUAUAAAUGUACAAAAAUACUAUAUUUAACUUUUAUCGAGACAAUUAAUAACAUACUCUUUAUCACAUUAGGCACAAAAAAAUACUUGAAAAGUACGAGAAUUGCAGUAGUUAUUUAGUUAAAUCGUAUUAGCUGUAUGUUAGUGAAUAAUUAUUUUCUUAUGGUUACCGUAUAUUGUGAUGUAGUAGGAUAUUUAAUCAAAUGUUUUGCUAUAAAACCUCUACUAACAAUAGAAUUGAAACCACUAAAAUAAGCCUUAGUCAAAUAAAGAUUUGAUUUAAUAUGUUUACAUAAUGAGAUUUUUGGUAAUUUUACUGCACAUACUUUGUUUUUAAAUCAAUUGUUCCUAAUAAGUUAUCUAUAUUUUAAAAUUGUUAUUUAUUUAUUCUAUAUUAUAGAAACUACAAUUUUAACAAAUUGUGUGUUUGUUUGUCAAUCUUCCUAAUGUGCAAUAAUGCAUUUACCAACAAAGUUCAGUUUUUGUUUAAACACAAUUAAUUUCAUGUACUGCAGAAGUUAUAUUUUGUUUAUUGCCAGAUGUCUCAUUGCACCAGUAUAAGUGUUUAACAUAGUUUCAACUAGCUCUGUCCAAGUGCUGCAACUAGUUUUGCUGAUAGGAUGUUCUUUCUUCCUGAUCCACCACUGGUUCUAAAUGCUAUUUCACAUUUACUUUGCAGUAUUAGAAAAAAUUAUAAGCAGUGUUAAGCUGAGGAGUAUGAGAUAUUACCCACUCCAAGUCGUUGUCCUUGUUAUGUUACCAGACUUGCUGUUAUGUAAUUUAUCUGCUUCAUGCUGUAGAAAGUCGAUGUAACUAAUUGAAAUGUAUUUGGUAUAUUAGAUACAACAUUAUGUGUAUACAAGGUGAUUACCAUAAUAUGUAUACUGGAAUAUUAGGAAAUAUUUUAAAAGUUAGUUAAAUUAAGCAAUACCUUCUUUUGACCAUAUUGCCCAUCUGUAUUUGUUUUGUGACGAUAUUGAUUCAUUCAUCAAUGCCCAGCAAAAGCCAUUAAAGAUAUACAUGGAAUUUGGUACUCAGGACUGUUAUUAAUACAUGAUUUUGUUGAAUAUGAUAAGCGGUUCAAUGUCAAUCGCUUCCAAUACUCAAUACAUGAAUACCUCGAUAUAUAGCGGUAUAGUGAGCUGGUUGGUCCGCAAAAGAGACAGAUGUUUCGUUUAGGAACUUAACUUAAGCGUACAUUUUACGAAUGUUAUUGUUUAGAUUUUUAUCUUUCUGUUAUGCAAAAGCUACUAUGUACUAUUGUGUUGAAAGUUCACAUAAGCGCUAUAGUAAAAUGUUCCUCAAAUAUGCCUACUUCCGUUUCAGAAUUAUUAUAGAACUCCUUCAUAUUACAUCAUAAGCGCUCUCAGUUAGAAAGUUAACAAACUUCGACUAGGAUUCCUUUUCCUGGCCUAAUAUAGUUCAAGUACUACUGAAAUCUUCUGAGCUGUUAUCUACCAAUGGCUAUCAAUUAUGUCAUGAGUACAGUGCCAUUUAGAAAAGAUAAGCCUAUGAAGUCCCUGACAAUCAGCAAGAACUUGUGUGUGAAAACACAGGUACAGUGAGUAUACAUAUGUAUAAAAGUACAUGUAUUAGGUAUAAAUGUUAGCUCUUCAAAAGUAAAAUAUGAUAAAAAAGGAUGCAUAGUAACAUAAAUAUCAGGACAUACUUCAGUGCUAACCAAGCAUUGUCCACGCUGCUCCCACAACGGCUUGGCUUCCUGAUGUAGCAAAAAUAUCUUAGUGUUGUGCGAAUCAGACACCUAAACUAAUAAUGCUUCUUCAGUUUGGCAUUUCGACAUGACAGCCUCAUGUAAAUCUACCUUUCUUCUGACUGAGCCAAAAGAGAUAUUUGAGGUCUUAAAUAAUUUUUUAAUGACUUUCAAUACAAAAGGAUUUGUAGGAAUGUAUUUUCAAAAUAAAUAAGUUUUAAUGUGGUAGCAGAAUAAAUGUUGGCAAUUAAAAAAAUGUAUAUAUUUUAUGAUUGUAUAGUUUAAUCACAGACACGCGCGUAUGGUAAUGCAACGAACGACCUCUUUCUUUGAUAUAUAAGCUCAAUCGCUUAAGAUGUUAACACUGGGUUUCUAAAUUAUAUAGUUCCAUCUAUUUUACUAUGUUACACUCAAUUGCAAUUAGUUUACACAAUCAAUAGCUUUACUAAGGUCUAUUUACUACUAUUUAUUAAUGAUGAGGUAAUAUUAGACAACAGUAAUAUGGGAUUGUCAAGUCACUGAAUGAGACAUCUGCUUAGAUUUAUAGUUAUAAUUAAUUUUUUAUAAAUUUUGGCUGCAUAUACUAGGUAUGUUCAAAAAGUAACAGGAAUUUUAAUUUUUUGAAAAAAUAUUUAUUUAUUCGCCUAAAUUAAUGUUGUCACCUUCAAAAUAGUCCCAAUUUGAUAUUAUGCACUUGGGCCAGCGCUUCUUCCAAUCCUUGCGAUGCUUAUCAAAUUCAAUCUUAGGAUAGCCUUUAGCUUUUUCAGUGAUGCACUGUUAAUAUAAUCUAUGUUUGUAAAACAACAGUCUUUAAGGUUCUCUUUAUUUUAGGAAAUAGAAAAAAGUCACACAGAGCCAUGUCUGAAGAAUAUGGAGGCAUCAUUAAAGUACUGUUAUUGGCUAAAAAUUCAUGAACAAGCAGUGAAAUGUGAGCAGAUGCAUUGUCAUGGUGCAAAAGCCAUGAAUGUUCUGCUAUAAAUCCAGGUUUUGUUUCGAACUGCUUCAUGUAAAUUGUGUUGAACUUGCAGGUGGUACUCCUUAUUGACCAUUUGGCAAGAAUUUAUGAUGCACUUGCCAUUAAAAUAAAAAAACACAGUGAGCAUAACCUUCACAUUGAACUGCACUUGUCAAGCCUUUUUCGGUCUUAGUGAUCCAGAAUGUCUCCACAGAGAUGAUUCACCUUAGUUUCAACAUCAUAUCCAUAAACCCAUGUUUCAUCACCUGUUGUAACAUAUUUCCGUAAUUUUGCAUCACCGUUGUUGCACUUCAUUAAGUGUCCUGAGCAACUUCCAAUUACCACUGUUUUUGUUAAAAAUUCAACAAAUUUUGCUGCUUCAUGUUUCAUAUACAAAACAUUCUAGAAAAAUGUUUGACGUGAGCCAAUUGAUAUGCCAACGUCAGCGACAUCUGUGAUUGUAAUAUGGCGAUAUUUUAUAACAAUUAUUUCCACUUUUCAUGUUUUCAUUGGUUGUUGAUGUGCUGUGGCUCCAAAGCGUUCAUCUUCUAUAUGUCUUCACAGCCAUCUUCGAAACGUUUAUACCACUCUUAAGUCCUUGUUUUACACAUAGCAGACCUACCAUAGGCCUUUGUUAACAUUUCCCAGACUUUGUUCCAUUAUUUCAAUUUUCACACAAAAUAUGAUACAAAUUCUUUAAUCAAUUUGUCUAACAAACAAAAAUUGCUGAGUUCAUAAAACCGUCUAACCUUAGCAACAGCUACUGAAAACACAGCUGGAAAUUAUAUUAUACUUCAGGAACAUGAGUACCAAUAUAAUUUUUUUUUUAUGUUUGACAAUUUGACUCUCCAAACCUGUGAAACUUAAAAAUUUCUGUUAGUUUUUUAAGACACCUUGCAAAUAUUUUUAGAGGGCUUAGAAUAUUUAUUUUUUCAACUGGGAAAACAAUAGUUGGUAUACUGAUAUUGUAAAGUAGUGUACUAAAUACAUACAUUUAGCCUAUUUAUUAAUUCUACAAAUUGUUUAAUAUAUUCUCCUGAUUUCAAUUUUUCAUAUUUGUUUUCUUAUUUGACCGUCUAAAAUUGUUACAGAUUUACUGAUAGUGAAGUUUUUAAGAUUAGUUUGAUGCAUUAUUUAAAGUUUAGUAAUUAAUAAUAUCAUGUGAAACAAAUUUAAAAUUAUUCACGAAUAACAUUUUUUAUUAUAUACAUUUCUUUAAAAUUACAAAGUUCAGUUAUUAAUAUUAGGAAUUAUUUGUUUUGUUUAAUUUAGUUUUAGUUUUAGGUUGUGACAGUAAAUUAUUAUAUUUAGUUUACAAGACAACACUGCACUAGGUGAGUAAAUAAUGCCAGAAGAUUAAAUAUUAGCUGUAUUAGUUUUCAUGUCUUUGGAUACAAUAAUCGUAAAUAUUACAAUGUGACUUGCCAGCACGUCUAUCAAUCUACAGCAGUACUUUGCAAGCUAGUUAGUAUUGUAUUAUAUGUGAUGUAAAUAAAACUGUCUUUCAGCAUGUG